UAUUGAAAGGAAUACUCUUAUCAUAAAGACGGCAUUACUGCUAAAGAAGAAUGAAUUGAAAAUGGGAGUUUGGCGGUUGUCAAAACAAAAACCCACAAUGCGUAAAAGGUCAACGCGUUAUUAGUGUAUUGGAGGUCUAUACAUAUAUGUUAUUUCAACAAAGUUAUCAACGUUUUGGACAAUAUUUACUCGUAAUAUUGAUAUUAAAGACAAUUAUUUGACGAGUAUAAUCAUGGCUGGUGGUAUAAUGGCCAGUUUCAAAGCGGCUACGCUAAUGAAGAAGAUUGCGUUCAUAAUUCUCCUUGUAGCGGUUGUGUGUAAUUUCACCGCCUUCACCACCACUGGAUGGGGAUACAAGUACACUGAUCAAUCCAAACAGACCUACAGUGCAUAUGGACUCUGGAGAAUAUGCCCUAAUACUAAUCCAAUAACCGCUGGGUGCGCCUCGAUGGACGGGAUCGCCGUUACUUGGAUGGCCAUUUCUCAGACAUUUGCCGUGUUUGGAUUUGUUGGAAUAGAUGUGGUAUUGUUGGUCGUCACUCUUCAGAUAUUCUCUAGCAAAUGCAACGGACUAAAGGAUCUCAACAUAUUUAAUGCCAUCUACUGCUUUAUUACAGCUCUGUGUUGGUUGAUAGCUGUGGGCGUAUAUGGAGCAUUUUUCGAUUCAGUCACUUAUUAUACUAACCCGAACACGAGUAACGCUGUCGACCCUGACCUUGGAUAUGCGUUUGGUUUUGCUGUUGUGGCCCUUCUGCUGGAGCUUGUGGUGGGGGUGCUGCUACUACUGGACGGAAGACUCAAGACAGGAGGUGUGUCUCAACAGUCUCAACAGUCUCAACAGCCUUGUUAGCUCGUACACGUACGUGUACUGGUUAGACCGAACCAACAGGGAGAUCAACCUAAAGGAAUUAUUUUUCCGGAAUUUGUUUUACCAAAAAUGUUAUUAACGUUAAUCAAGUGACUGAUUAGAACAGACGACUCUGAACUGCCAGCACCAGUUCAUAUUGCUUUAUUUCCUUGAUCCAGAGUAUGAUCUGUGUAUCAUUUAAAAUGCAUAAAAUAUCAUCUGAGAGACCCCCAAAAUAAAAAAAUGUACAACAUGCUACAUUUUAACAAUACAUGUGUCCUUUCUCUGAGCCCUGGUUGAUGCAAACAUAUUCAUCAUCAGUAGUCUCUGCUUUGAGUUUCAACUGUCUUCACAAUAAUCAUUGUUUUAAAUUGCAACGUUUGUUUGGCCGGAAAUCAGAUAUUCUUUAACCAACCAAAACGCUGGCCACGGGACUGGUUCCGUUACUUAGCUUGUUAUUCCAACAGACGACUGUCCACAUCGUUGAAGUGUUUUAGUGUUUAGGAAGAUGUGUGGCGUGUCAGAAAUGUAAUAUGAGCGUCAUAAACUAGGAUAAAAGAAUCAUCAACAUUUGGCGACGAUAUUUUAGAUGACGUAACUGAGUUUCAGCAGUGACGGUUUACCUGCUCCCCACAGUGGCAGUUGAAGAGUAUCUCAUUUUAAUUGAAAAUAGUCUUCAUUGUCUUAAUUUUUUUUAAUUAAAAUUAAUUAUAACAAAGACAAGAAUAUUUGGUUUCCUAUUAGCGUAUUUACAGCUGUAUAUGUAUGUUUGCUUAUUGCACAUACAUGGUUUAAAACAGUUUCAUUUGGAUUGACAAGUAAAACCACAGAUUUAAAAGUAUACUUUCAUUUGGAUUGAUAACUAAAACCACAGAUUUAAACGCAUACUUUCAUUUGGAUUGACAAGUAAAACCACAGAUUUAAAAGCAUACUUUCAUUUGAAUUGACAAGUAAAACCACAGAUUUAAAAGCAUACUUUCAUUUGGAUUGACAAGUAAAACCACAGAUUUAAAAACAUACUUACAUUUGAAUUGAUAAGUAAAACCACAUAUUUAAAAGUAUACUUUCAUUUGGAUUGAUAAGUAAAACCACAUAUUUAAAAGUAUACUUUCAUUUGGAUUGAUAACUAAAACCACAGAUUUAAAAGCAUAGCUUACUUUUAUUUCGAUUGACAAGUAAAAUCACACAUAAUUAAAAACAUAAUUUCAUUUAAUACUAGUAAAACCACACAUAUGUUUAUAUCAUUUUUGACCAGUUUUCAUUUCAAAUCAAUGCACACAUUUACCAUGUAAUGACGUCGGGAAAAUGUAUAGGUUGUAAUGAUUCAUAUAUUUAUAAAUAAGUAUUAGUUGUUAAAAUUCGAUAUAUGAACUCGUAUUGAAAGUUUCAUGUUUUAUUAUCAAUUAUUUUUGGCAUUAAAAAAUCUUUAUAAUAAUACAUGUAUGUUUACUACGUUUUUGAGGCACUGGCGUAACAAAUGAUUGAAUACAGGACCAAGAAAAGCUGCGAAUAAUUGAAAAGUCGAAGAAUGCGAAAAUUCAUUGUUGUUAUUUUACAAUGAAUUAUCGAAGAUUCCAUUCACCAAGCCAAUGAAAUGAUACAUGUUUUUUAUUUUUAUUUUUAUUAUUUAUUUUUUUAUUAUUAUUGUUAUUAUUUUUUUUAUUAUUUAAAAAAACGAUAUACAUUAGACUCCAAUCAACUUUGUAAAUUGUGAUUCCAUUCUGAAUAAAUACUAUGAACACAUA